GGGGAGGCAGCGCACCAAGAUGGCGACAACCGCAGUUUCUCCUGCAGCCUCCCCACCUCUGCAGUCCAGCAACGCCUUGCAGGAGUCGCGCUAGCGCCGCCGCCACCAACUGACCUAUCCUUGGCGCAACAUAACUAAAGAAGUUUCUGCAGGAUGAAAAGAUGGCAGCACGGCUGCUUGCACCACCAGGCCCUGAUAGUUUUAGACCUUUCACUCCGGAGUCUCUGGCUAACAUUGAGAAGCGCAUUGAAGAAGACAAGAAGAAGAAGCGUCCUAAACAAGACAGCAGUCAUAGGGAUGACGAUGAAGAGAGCAAACCAAAACCAAACAGUGACCUGGAGGCAGGGAAGAGUUUGCCUUUCAUCUAUGGGGACAUCCCGAAAGGCUUGGUUGCUGUUCCACUGGAGGACUUUGACCCUUACUAUAUGACGGAGAAAACCUUUGUAGUACUAAACAGAGGCAAAACACUCUUCCGAUUUAGUGCCACGCCUGCCUUGUACAUUUUAAGUCCUUUUAAUCUGCUUAGGAGAAUAGCUAUUAAAAUUUUGAUACAUUCAGUAUUUAGCAUGAUCAUUAUGUGCACUAUUUUGACGAACUGUGUGUUCAUGACUUUUAGUAACCCACCGGACUGGUCGAAGCAGGUGGAGUAUACGUUCACUGGUAUUUAUACAUUUGAAUCACUUGUGAAAAUUAUUGCAAGAGGCUUCUGCAUAGACGGUUUCACUUUCCUUCGUGACCCAUGGAACUGGCUAGACUUCAGUGUCAUCAUGAUGGCAUAUGUCACAGAGUUUGUGGACCUUGGGAAUGUGUCAGCCUUGAGAACUUUCAGAGUUCUCCGAGCUUUGAAAACUAUCUCUGUCAUUCCAGGCUUAAAGACCAUUGUGGGAGCUCUGAUUCAGUCUGUGAAGAAGCUGUCAGAUGUGAUGAUCUUGACAGUGUUUUGUCUCAGUGUGUUUGCUUUAAUCGGGCUACAGCUGUUCAUGGGGAAUUUAAGGAACAAGUGUGUGAUCUGGCCCAUUGACCUCAAUGAGACCUACUUGGAUAAUGGCACCAAGGGCUUUGACUGGGAAGAAUACUCCAACAACAUGUCAAAUUUUUACAUAUUACCUGGGUUUCUUGAUCCUUUGUUAUGUGGGAACAGCUCAGAUGCAGGCCAAUGCCCUGAGGGAUAUACAUGCAUGAAAGCAGGGAGGAAUCCAAACUAUGGCUACACCAGCUUCGACACUUUCAGUUGGGCUUUCCUAGCCUUAUUUCGCCUUAUGACUCAGGAUUUUUGGGAAAACUUGUAUCAGUUAACCUUGCGAGCGGCAGGAAAAACAUACAUGAUAUUUUUUGUCUUGGUUAUAUUUGUUGGGUCAUUUUAUUUGGUGAAUUUGAUUCUGGCUGUGGUGGCCAUGGCCUAUGAAGAGCAGAACCAGGCUACGCUAGAAGAGGCCGAGCAGAAGGAAGCAGAAUUCAAGGCCAUGUUGGAACAGCUGAAAAAACAGCAAGAAGAGGCUCAAGCUGCAGCUAUGGCCACUUCAGCAGGGACAGUUUCUGAAGAUGCUGUGGAAGAUGAUGGAGGAGGAAGGAUGUCUCAUAGCUCAUCAGAGUUCUCCAAGCUCAGCUCCAAGAGCGCCAAAGAAAGACGAAAUAGGAGGAAGAAACGGAAGCAAAAGGAGCUGUCUGAAGGAGAGGAGAAGGGAGAUGUCGAGAAGGUGUUUAAGUCUGAAUCAGAAGAUGGGAUGAGGAGGAAGGUCUUCCGCUUACCAGACAACAGGCUAGGGCGGAAGCUUUCCAUCAUGAACCAGUCAUUGCUUAGCAUCCCAGGAUCCCCUUACCUCUCCCGACAUAAUAGCAAAAGCAGCAUCUUCAGCUUCAAAAGAGGCUUUCGUGACCCAGGUUCAGAAAAUGAAUUUGCCGAUGACGAGCACAGCACUGUGGAGGAGAGCGAGGGCAGGAGGGAUUCCCUCUUCAUCCCCAUCCGGGGCCGUGAGCGGAAAAGCAGCUACAGCGGUUACAGUGGUUACAGCCAGGGAAGCAGAUCAUCCCGUAUCUUUCCCAGCAUCCAUCGGAAUGUGAAGAGGAACAGCACCGUGGACUGCAAUGGUGUGGUCUCCCUGAUUGGCGGACCAACCUCCAACAUACCCAGCGGACGGAUUCUGCCUGAGGUGAAAAUAGAUAAGGCAGCUACUGAUGACAGCGGAACCACUGAGGUGGAAAUUAAAAAGAAACCUGGUGGGUCUCUCUUAGUAUCAAUGGAUCAGCUGAACGCAUCCUAUGGAAGGAAGGACCGAACCAACAGUAUAAUGACUGUUAUAACAAAUACUCUUGUAGAAGAGCUGGAAGAAUCUCAGCGAAAGUGCCCCCCAUGCUGGUACAAAUUUGCCAACACCUUCCUUAUCUGGGAGUGCCACCCAUACUGGGUGAAGUUAAAAGAAAUUGUCAAUUGUAUUGUUAUGGAUCCUUUUGUGGAUUUAGCCAUUACCAUCUGUAUUGUUUUGAAUACUCUGUUCAUGGCAAUGGAACAUCAUCCCAUGACCCCACAAUUUGAGCAUGUCUUGUCUGUCGGAAAUCUGGUUUUCACAGGAAUAUUCACAGCUGAAAUGUUCUUGAAGCUGAUUGCAAUGGAUCCUUACUAUUAUUUUCAAGAAGGCUGGAACAUUUUUGAUGGAUUUAUUGUGUCUCUGAGCUUACUGGAACUGAUGCUAGCAGAUGUAGAGGGGCUUUCUGUGCUGCGAUCUUUCCGACUGUUGAGAGUCUUCAAGCUGGCGAAAUCCUGGCCAACCCUGAACAUGUUGAUCAAAAUCAUUGGUAACUCAGUGGGUGCCUUGGGUAACCUGACCUUGGUGCUGGCUAUCAUCGUUUUCAUCUUUGCUGUGGUCGGGAUGCAGCUUUUUGGCAAAAGCUACAAGGAAUGUGUCUGCAAGAUAAACCCCGAUUGUGAGCUCCCACGAUGGCACAUGAACGACUUCUUCCACUCUUUUCUUAUCGUCUUCCGUGUGCUGUGUGGGGAAUGGAUUGAGACCAUGUGGGACUGCAUGGAAGUUGCAGGACAGGGAAUGUGCCUUAUUGUCUUCAUGAUGGUGAUGGUCAUUGGGAAUUUGGUGGUGCUGAACCUGUUCUUGGCCUUGCUGCUGAGCUCCUUCAGUGCAGACAAUCUAGCCGCGACCGACGAUGAUGGUGAGAUGAACAACUUGCAGAUCUCCGUCAUCCGAAUCAAGAAGGGCAUUGCCUGGUUCAAGAUCAAAGCUCAUGAUUUUGUGCAGACUCACUUCAAGCACAGGGAGGCUGAUGAAGUCAAGCCUUUAGACGAGCUGUAUGACAAGAAGAUGAACUGCAUUGCCAACCACACGGGGGCUGACAUCAACCGGGAGAUCGAUUACCAGAAAAAUGGCAAUGGAACCACCAGUGGCAUUGGCAGCAGUGUGGAAAAGUACAUCAUCGAUGAAGACCACAUGUCUUUCAUCAACAAUCCCAACCUCACUGUCCGUGUCCCCAUAGCUGUGGGUGAGUCUGACUUUGAGAACCUCAACACAGAAGAUUUCAGCAGUGAAAGCGACCCUGACGGCAGCAAAGAGAAACUGGAUGAUACCAGCUCAUCAGAGGGCAGCACCAUUGAUAUAAAACCAGAGGCAGAAGAAGUUCCUGUAGAAGCCCCAGAAGAAUAUUUGGACCCUGAUGCAUGCUUCACAGAAGGCUGUGUGCGACGGUUUAAAUGCUGCGAUGUCAACAUUGAAGAAGGAAAGGGGAAGUCUUGGUGGAAUUUACGUAAAACUUGCUUUUUAAUUGUGGAGCACAAUUGGUUUGAGACGUUCAUUAUCUUCAUGAUCUUGCUAAGCAGUGGAGCUCUGGCCUUUGAGGAUAUUUACAUAGAACAGAGAAAGACAAUACGGACUUGCUUGGAGUAUGCUGACAAAGUCUUCACCUACAUCUUUAUCCUUGAAAUGUUGUUGAAAUGGUGCGCCUAUGGAUUUGUGAAGUUCUUCACUAAUGCCUGGUGCUGGCUGGAUUUCCUCAUUGUAGCAGUCUCUUUAGUCAGCCUUAUAGCUAAUGCCCUGGGCUACUCGGAACUAGGUGCCAUUAAAUCCCUUAGGACACUCAGAGCUUUGAGGCCUUUAAGAGCGUUGUCCCGAUUUGAGGGGAUGAGGGUGGUUGUGAACGCCUUGGUGGGCGCUAUCCCAUCCAUUAUGAAUGUGUUGUUGGUCUGCCUUAUCUUCUGGCUGAUUUUCAGCAUAAUGGGGGUUAAUCUUUUUGCUGGGAAGUACCAUUACUGCUUUAAUGAAACAGCUGAAGAAUUGUUCGAUAUAGACAUUGUCAACAACAAGUCAGACUGUGAGAGACUUAUGGAGCCCAAUUCAACAGAGAUCCGGUGGAAGAAUGUAAAGAUUAACUUUGACAAUGUCGGUGCAGGAUACCUGGCUCUUCUGCAAGUUGCAACCUUUAAGGGCUGGAUGGACAUAAUGUAUGCAGCAGUAGAUUCUAGAAAGGUGGAGCAGCAGCCCAAGUAUGAGGACAAUAUCUACAUGUACAUCUACUUUGUCAUCUUCAUAAUUUUUGGAUCAUUCUUCACCUUGAACCUCUUCAUCGGUGUCAUUAUUGACAACUUCAAUCAGCAAAAGAAAAAGUUUGGAGGUCAGGAUAUCUUCAUGACAGAGGAGCAGAAGAAAUAUUACAACGCUAUGAAAAAACUAGGUUCUAAAAAACCUCAAAAGCCUAUUCCUAGGCCUUUGAAUAGAGUCCAAGGAGCUGUCUUUGACUUUGUCACCCAGCAAGCAUUUGACAUAUUAAUCAUGUUGCUCAUCUGCCUCAACAUGGUGACCAUGAUGGUAGAGACUGACACGCAGAGCAAGCAGAUGGAGGAGAUCCUGUACUGGAUCAACUUAGUCUUUGUUAUGUUUUUCACUUGUGAGUGUGUGCUGAAAAUGUUUGCCUUGCGCCACUACUACUUCACUAUUGGCUGGAAUAUUUUUGAUUUUGUGGUUGUGAUUCUCUCCAUUGUGGGUAUGUUCUUGGCUGAAAUCAUAGAGAAAUAUUUUGUGUCACCUACUCUCUUCAGAGUCAUCCGCCUGGCCCGUAUUGGCCGUAUCUUGCGCCUGAUCAAAGGAGCCAAAGGGAUCCGCACCCUGCUUUUUGCCUUAAUGAUGUCUUUGCCUGCCUUGUUCAACAUUGGACUCCUGCUUUUCCUAGUUAUGUUUAUUUUUUCCAUCUUUGGGAUGUCGAACUUCGCCUAUGUCAAGCACGAGGUUGGCAUUGAUGACAUGUUCAACUUUGAGACUUUUGGCAAUAGUAUGAUUUGCUUGUUCCAAAUCACUACCUCAGCUGGAUGGGAUGGCUUGCUCUUGCCCAUCCUAAACCGGCCUCCAGAUUGUGAUUUGGAUAAGGAGCACCCCGGGAGUGGCUUCAAGGGUGACUGUGGGAAUCCAUCAGUGGGGAUCUUUUUCUUUGUCAGCUACAUCAUUAUCUCCUUUCUGAUUGUGGUAAACAUGUACAUUGCCAUCAUUCUGGAGAACUUCAGUGUGGCUACAGAGGAAAGUGCUGACCCGUUGAGUGAAGAUGACUUUGAGACGUUCUAUGAGAUCUGGGAGAAGUUUGAUCCUGAUGCCACACAGUUUAUAGAGUACUGCAAAUUGGCAGACUUUGCUGAUGCUUUGGAGCAUCCUCUCCGUGUCCCUAAGCCCAACACCAUCGAACUCAUCGCCAUGGACUUGCCAAUGGUGAGCGGGGACAGGAUCCACUGCUUGGACAUCCUAUUUGCCUUCACCAAACGCGUGUUGGGUGAUAGUGGUGAACUAGAUAUCCUGAGGCAGCAGAUGGAAGAGAGGUUUGUGGCUUCUAAUCCUUCCAAAGUGUCUUAUGAGCCUAUCACGACCACACUACGGCGUAAGCAGGAAGAGGUCUCCGCGGUGGUCAUCCAAAGGGCUUACAGGGCCCGCUUAGUAAGGAGGGGCUUUAUUUACCGAAAGAAUGUCUCCAAUAAGAUGGAAAAUGGGGGGACAAACAGAGAGAAAAAAGAAGGCACCCCGUCCACAGCAUCCCUUCCAUCCUAUGACAGUGUAACUAAGCCUGAAAAAGAGAAACAGCGAGCCGAAGAAGGGAGAAGGGAAAGGGCAAAAAGACAAAAAGAUGUCAGGGAAUCCAAAUGUUGAGAUGAUCCAUACUAAUAAUAACUGUAGAAAACUUAUGAACGGAAAAGAUUGUUUACAAACUUCCUGAUAAAAAAAAUAUAUAACAAUAGCAAAACAGCUGUGGAGACACUUUACCUGAAGAUCUUAUACCAAACAUAGUCUGCUUACUGUGUGACCAUGUUGCAUCUCAAAGCAGUGAUCUACCACCUGUUUAAAGGACCCAUCUAGACAAAUAUAUUUAAAAAAAACAAAAGCAGGAAACAAUACAAAGGAGAAAAAAGGAUUUUAUACUGUUUGGGCAGGUGGAUACUGCAUGUUCCACGACAGUCAAUGCAACUUAGGACAAACAAGCAAAAUAAAACACACACACACACACACACACAAACACUCUUAAGGAAAAAAAAAUGCUGCUUUAGAAUUCUUUUUUUUUUCCAAAGCAGCCAAAAUGGAUUUUUAUUUUUCUCAUUUUAUUGAAAGGAAACCUAGGGGGAAAAAAAUCAUUUUGAAGGGUUUGUUUGUUCAAGCAGAACUAGAUUUUCAUACCUGAUGUUUAGUUUAUGCAGCAAAAAAAUUAGAAUCAGGGGGGGGGGGAAGUCAAUUCAAGCAAGCAACAACAAAAACUGAAAGCUGAAAUGAAACGACACACAUAGCCCAUGCCAUUUAAUCGUCAUUGUUUCUUUGGUAUUUAUUAUCUGCAUAUUUCUUUAUUAUAUGGGCUUCACUGUGGUUUGGGAGAUGGGGGGGCAAUCAGGUGUUUUCAGCCUGUCAAACUCACUUCAGGUUGGUUCCAAAAAUAAAAUAAAAUUGUGCUCGUUUCAAUGCAUAGAAAUGAUUUGCAUGAUGGCAUGCUGUGAUCAGGAAUCAUGCAUGAGGAAUCAUAAAACCACAAGACACUCAAUAUGCUGUCCAGGCCAUGCGUUAAGCCAUAUGUUCAAAGCACUCCACUGACUACGGCACACUGUAUUGGGAGAGAUAUUCUUAGCUAAUACUAUGUCCUUCACCGAGGUACCUGUUCUUAAUCUUUUCAUACACCCUCCAGUAGGAAAAAAAAAACCAAAAGUGAAACCAUCAAAAAGUUGUUUGUGUCUCUUUUACAACUUUCAUGGUACACACGCACACACACACACACACACACACACACACACAUACUUUGCACUUUAAAAAAAGAAAUGCAGAUAACAAAAACCCAAAAAUGCUGCUCUAAAACUCAUUUGAUGGGAAGACCAUUCAAAAAUGGUUCCUGAUACAGUGUCAAUGUCAAAAAGGACUUUAGGCCUUCAAAAAAACCCCAUCCAGCAGUUCUGUAAUCCACAAUAUUUAUGAUUACUUUUCAGCCUCCAUUCUGCAGUUGUAGACACUCCUUCCCCCCUUUCUGGUAGCGCUAGGAAGUGCUACAGGAAACAUCACCAGAUCUUUUAAAGGUGCAAUUUUGAGCAUUUAUCUAAAGCAAUCUUAUAAUGGCCUUUGGGGAUAUUUGAUGGGGGGGUACAGCACCUGCGUGCCAUAGUUCCAGGACACAAGUAAAAUAAUAAUGGGGCACAAGCUGAAUGCUUGAAAAGUGACCUCUACUUAAUUGUUCUUCCAUUGAUAGAUUUCCUGAAGCUUGCAUUCUGAUGCUGCAUGGUAUCAUUUGCUUUGCUAGCGGCAACUUUUCUUUUACAAAAAAAAAAACCAAACCAAAAGAACCCCCCCCUUUUUUUUAAAUAACCCAUGAAGUAGAGUGACUUACUUCUGACAAGCAAAAGUAGCAGAGUGCCGUAAGCGCGGAGCUGAGAGGAAAAUGUGUCAUAAAUGUUGUGUGCCUUCCACCAUAUUCUCAUUUCAUCUCACAUGGCUGUACAGUCAUAAUUUUAACAAUCCUGCAAAUUCAGAUAGGGAUGAAGAGCUACCUCGCAACUCAUCUUAAUUCAGAAUAGAUGGGAGUCUCACCACCACCACCACCACCCCCAAAAACACACACAACACAAAUACAAAACCCUUUAAAUUGUGUGUUUUAAUACCUGGGAAUCUUUCUUUUUUUUAAUGUCCCAUUACAUCAUUGUCAUUCAACAAGUCAGUUAUCACUGUGAACUCAGUUCUUUGUUUCCUCUCUCUCUCUCUCUCUCUCUCUCUCUCUCUCUCUCUCUCUCAGAAGGGCACGGGUUUGUAGAAUAGUUGUGUUUUUGUUUUUUCCUGAUAGGCCAAAGGUUGCAUUGCAUCAUAACCAAGAUUGUGUUCCAUCUGCAGCUUAAGGAAGAUGUAGAGCUGCUGUAACUGUUCAGGAUGCUGGGUUGUGAAGGAAGCAUAUUGAACAUGAUAGAAGGAAGCAAGCUGUUUGAAUGUGGACCAAAUAAAUUGUAUCUCUAGAAGGCAAAAAAUAUAUGCUUGAAAUAUCCAAAAAGCAAAACAAGAAAGCAGAAACGUCAGCGAUGCCUUUUAGGUAAAAAGGCAGAGCCUUGAUUGAUAGCAACCUUAAAUGCCUGCUAAAGGGUCAUGUGGAAAGCAAGUUGUUUGAUAGACAUCUGUGCCAAGCUGGACUUUUUUUAAAAUGCAUAGUGUAGCUAUCAUGACAUCAGUGGGAAAAUUCUACUGUACCAGACACCACAAAGAACAAAACAUUUCUCUCCUGUUAGACUUACCCCCCACUUACUCUUGCAAUGUGUAUAAUAUUUAAAAGAAAUGAAAAAUGACAUGCAGAUGUACAGGCAACAUUGUAAACAGCACAACAGCAGCAAAAGCCGAAAAAGUGUGGUUGAACUUUUUAAAAGAAUAUUAUAAAUACUGUAAUAUAUCAUUUUAUUUUAUUGGCAUGCCUUUUUGUAAAUAACAAAGGACUACAAAAAAUUAAAUAGAAUGGCUUCUGGCUUAUGCCACUGUCCAUGUUUAAUUUUUAUAUAUACAUAUAUACAUAUAGAUAUAUAUAUAUAUAAAUACAUUUUCUCUUUCUUUUUUCCACUUUUGAGAUAUCAACCUAUGUACAUCCCCACCAAGGGGGAAACAAAUCCUCCCAAACAGACACAAAGAAAACCUUUAUUGCAAAAUUACCUUUACAAAAAUAGAAAUAUUUAGACUAUAUUUUGGGUUCUGAGGUGCAAUAUAUUUUGACCACUUCUAUGCAAGAUUUGGCUAAAUGUCAUAAUUGUUCUUUAGCUGUA